AGAAAACUAACAUUGACAUAUUUAAGAAGCAAAUGCCUCUGGAUUUUGGAACAAGAUUGUGAGUGUGUAUGGAAGAAAUGCCGUGGCUCUUCUCAAACUCUCUGACAAACUGAUUUCAAUGUUUCAGUGUUGCAUCAUCUUGUGCUGAGUAACAGAAGUUCUGCUGUUCGUUGAUCGGUGUGACAGCCUUUGGCCGUUUACGAGAUGAACCAAACUGGUGGGAAGUAUGACUUCUGUAUUGGUCUGGUGUUGGCCAUGAGUUCCAGCAUCUUCAUCGGGGGAAGCUUCAUCCUGAAGAAGAAAGGGCUCCUCCGGCUGGCUCGGAAAGGCUCGAUGAGAGCAGGUCAAGGUGGGCAUGCAUACCUUAAGGAGUGGCUGUGGUGGGCUGGACUUCUUUCAAUGGGAGCUGGCGAAGUAGCUAACUUUGCUGCCUAUGCUUUUGCACCAGCUACAUUAGUGACUCCUUUAGGAGCUCUCAGUGUUCUUGUAAGUGCCAUUCUGUCAUCCUUCUUUUUAAAUGAGAAACUUAAUCUACACGGAAAAAUAGGGUGUUUGCUAAGUAUACUGGGAUCAACUGUGAUGGUAAUUCACGCUCCACAAGAGGAGGAAGUAGAAACUUUGAACGAAAUGUCCCACAAACUAGGUGAUCCAGGUUUUGUGGUCUUUGCAACUCUUGUCGUCAUCGUGUCUUUAAUUCUAAUAUUUGUGGUGGGACCUCGCCAUGGACAGACCAACAUUCUCGUGUACAUAACUAUUUGCUCUGUAAUCGGAGCAUUAUCAGUCUCCUGUGUAAAAGGCUUGGGCAUCGCUAUAAAGGAACUUUUUGCAGGAAAACCAGUGCUGAAACAUCCCUUGUCUUGGAUUCUGCUGCUAAGCCUUAUUGUCUGUGUGAGCACGCAGAUCAACUACUUAAACAGGGCUCUGGAUAUAUUCAACACAUCGAUAGUGACGCCGAUAUACUACGUAAUCUUCACAACAUCUGUUCUGACUUGCUCUGCCAUCCUCUUCAAGGAAUGGCAACACAUGGCGGCUGAUGACAUAAUUGGCACCUUCAGUGGCUUCCUGACUAUUAUUGUGGGGAUCUUUUUAUUGCAUGCCUUCAAAGAUGUUAAUUUUACCCUAGCAAAUCUGCCCCUCUCCUUGCGGAAGGAUGACAGAGCGGCCAACGGUACUUUGCUGAGCACGUACGACUGCUUUAAUCAUGAUGAGGAGACUUCUCCCUGCCUGAGUGAAAUACAGUCCACUGAGAGUCUCUCAGCCAGGAGGAAUGGAAGUCUGUCAGCCUUCUGAAAAUACCUACGUGUUACUUAAGAAAAGGAACUCUUCUGUAACUCUGGGUUGGGUUUUUUUUCUGCUGUGAAAUGUCUGAGCUUGUCUAUGUGUAGACAAUCGUUAAUGUUAGUUUGAGUAGUUUGGGUAAGGAGCACUGAAGUGAAGGGGUUUUUAUUUGCCUUAUUUUUACUUUUAAAAAAAUUACUAAAAUGACCUCAGACCACAGUUGGCUUUGUUGCUUAAGUUAUGUGUAAAUACUUUCAUUCUUCUGUUUUAAGAUGUAUUGCACUAAUGACAAUUUUAUCAAAAAUAAAUUGCUUUAUUUCUGCAUUGGUGG